AUGAAUACAAUCGCAGAUAAUGCGGAAAAGAUUCGCGAAAUAUCAGAAAUCUUCACAGUAAAAGGAGAAUUAUUUCUUGAAAUGAUUGAAAAAGAAGUUGAAAAUGGAGUUAUUACUGCAGCUGAAGCUAACUCAAGAAGUGCAAAAAUGCUCGAAAUUCAAAAAGAAAUGUUGAAAAUUGAGAUGUACGCAGAUGAAGCAGAGAAUCUUCGCCGAAUCAAAAAUAUUUAUGUGAAGAAAUUAGAAAUAGCACAGGAAAAAUAUAAAGCAUUGUUGAAAAAAGAGUUCAUUGAAAGCCGGAACGGAAAAGAAGAAUUGAGAGCGAAAAAAACAUUGGAAAUCGCCCAAAGACAUUUCAUGGAAAGAACUGAAUUUGAGGUUUGUCUAUUAUUCAAUUUUUUAAUUAUUUUUCUAAAUUCAGGCGAUUGAAAUUUCGCCAUUUUCGGAAGAAUAUUUGAUUGAAGAAGAUCAAACGAAAUAUCGUCGCCGGCGAUCACGAAGUAUUGGAGCAGUUGUCAAACGUGCAUUGGUAAGUUGAAUCUUUAUUUAAAUUCAUAAAUCACUUAUACGUCAUUUUAGAAAACUGUCAAGCGAAGACUUUCUGCGGGACGUGAAAAAACAAAUCAUCAUUGUGAAUGACAAAGUUUUUUAACUUUUUAUUUUAAACUGAUUGUGAAUAAUAUAAUCUGAACAGCAUAAAAAUUAUUGUUUAAAAGAUGGUUCAUAACACCAAAAUACUCUAAUUGAUUGAAAGAAUGGAAAUAUUUCAGAACUGCAGAAAAUGAAGAUGGAACGCAACAAUUUAAAAAUUGAAAUGUUGGAAAAAAAAUUAAAAAUACACAGGGAAAAAGUGUGCGGAGCCUAUUGCAGGUUUGGCCCCGCCCACAACACCCCGCCGCACAUCAUUUUUCUUUUCUUUUUUCUUGUUAGCUUCGCAAAACUCUCAUUUUUUUGCCGCAAGGCUUCUUUAAUACAAAACUUUUCAGGUAGUUUCACUGGUCAAACGAUGGCUUUGAUGAGUAAAAUGGCUCCAGCAGCAGCCAGUUGCUGUCGAACUGGAAUUUUGAAGCCAAUAACUACAAUGGCUCCAGCUGUUAGACAUUCGCAUGCUGCUCUUUUCAGAAAACGUCCAGGACAAUUGAUUGUUAACCGUAUUAAGGUGAGUUCCACUUGAAAAAUUCAAAUAUAAAAGCACCCAUUUUUCAGGACGUUUGUCAUUUUUAUUUCAUCGGAAUUGGAUUUUUGCCAGUUUUGUUCGCUUUGGCAUACAAUCACAUUGUCUAUGGAACUUGUGAACUCAAAGACUAUCCAACUGAAGUGAGAUUUGAAUGAAUAGUAAUAUAUUUAAAAAUUCGAAACAUUCAGGGUCCACCACCACAUCAUUGGCAAUUUGAACGUACUCCAGUUCGUCAAUGGUGGGCUAAAUGGUUUGGCGUUUCAGAUGUUGAACAUCAUGAAAGAAAUCUUGCUUAUUAUGAGAAGCAAGGAAUUCUUGCUCGUUGGAGGUUUGUUAUCCAAUUUUCAAAGAUCUAGAAAAAAUAAGUUUAUUUGCAGACAAAUCGAGCAACGUGUCAAACAUUUAGAAGGUGAAAGAUGGGAUUAUAAAGGUUGGAGUUAUCAACCAGUUUCAUCCGCUUGGGUUGAUUAUUCAAGAUGGCAUGUUCUUCGUUUGAGAGAUCAAUAUGAACAACAUGGACACUAUGCGCAGUAAAAUGAAUUGGUUCGUAUUUUACAACAUUUAUUUUAGAAUCUUAUUAAAGUGAUAUAAUUGCAUUUUUACGGGUUUGAAGAUAGUAAAGAGAAUGCUAAAACUAAAAAUGGAUAAUUUUAAACUAAUGAGAUAAUUUUGCAGCCUAUCAACUUUGUCACACAAUCGUGCCUCAAUCAAUUCAUUCAAUAUGCCUGUAAUAGUGUCGAUGUUAAGUAAUUAAAAGUAGUUGCGAUUGUUUUUUUUUCAAUUUUUCCGUUUGAUAGAUGUUCAAUUUGUCGGCGUAUUCUUUAUGUUUUCGUAUUUAGUGUAAAUAAUCGAAUAUUUUAUGACGAAUAAAAAUUGACCAUUUUUAUUUCAGUAUGCUUUGUAGAAACUGUUUUCCUUCACAUUCUUAUUUUGUUCAGUAUUAUUUCCAGGAAAAUGUUUUUCUCGAGGCACUAAAAUACACACGAAACGUUUAUUUCAAGAUGGUAAAAAAAGUUAUGUUUCACACCGCCCUUUUCAAUGUUUUUCUCGUCCAUGGCCGAAUUUUAUUGCAACGUGGCCGAAGUCGUGGCACUUGUUCGGCCAUGGGCACUUUUAUUUCUUUUUUUGUGUUUCCAAAACCAAACAAAACAAAUAAAUAUUCAAUGUUUUUGUUUUUGUUUCACAGCUUUUCAACAUUUUCCACUUCAUAGUACACUUUCCCUUCUAAAUUUACAUGUUUUCAGAUAAUCACGUGUAAUUAUUUAGAUGUUUAAUUGUACAGAAUGUAAGUUUUCAAACAAAAAUGAUUCAUCUUUAAAAUUAAUUAAUUGAUUCAUUUUUAGUUUGAAAUGUUGGAGAAUAUAGUCGCCUGGGUGCUCAACAAUUAUAUUGGAGAGUAUUUGGAAGAUUUGAAUACGGAUCAGUUAUCAGUUGCUCUUUUAUCAGGUCAAGUUGAGCUCGAAAAUGUUCCGCUGAAAAAAACAGCUUUGCGAAAAUUAGACCUUCCGCUCGAAGUUCGAUCGGGUCUUUUGGGAAAAUUGACACUUUCGGUUCCGAUAACACAUCUUAGAAGUGAACCAUGGACUUUGCAGGUUAGAUUUAUCAAUUAAACUUUGAAAACAUAACAAAACUGAAUAUAUUGCAGCUGAGCGAUGUUCUUAUAAUAGUUGGUCCAUUAUCAAGUGAGAAAAGAUAUGAUGUUGAAGCUGUUGAACAAGUUGAACAACAAAGAAAAGAACAAAUGUUAGAAGAAUUGGAAAAUAAACAUAAAACUGCUUUAUUUGAUAUGCUUGGAAUCCAAGUUCCAGAUUCACAAGAUUCUUGGUGGGGAGCUUCUUUGAUAUCAACAGUUUUGAAUAAUAUUCAACUUAUUCUCAAUAAUGUUCAUAUUCGAUAUGAGGAUAAUACAACAAUUACCGGACAAACAUUUAAUUGUGGAAUUCGUAUUCAAAAAAUGACAAUGCAAACAACAAAUUCGAAAUGGAAACCGGGAUUUGCGGAAACUCAAAGAGGUGUUAAUAUAUUCAAAAAAUUGGAUUUGAUUGGUUUCAGCAUUUAUUGGAAUUCAAAAGCAACAAUGACUGAAAAUAUAACAACUCCCAAACAAUUGAAGGUAUUUAUUUUUUUGUUGACGUUUUUAUUUAAAAAAAAAAAGGAUUUUCACGUUUCGAUAAGAGAUUUUCUAAAAUUAUUUCGGCAUUUCUGAAUUUUUGAGUCAGUCCAAAAAUGUGCAUACCAAAAAAAAAUUUAAUAUUAUUUUAGGAUAUUUUGGCGCCUGAAACUUCAUCAAACGCAUAUAUUAUUCAACCAUGCAGCGGUGAAAUGCGAAUGGAGAAAAAUUCGAGCAAAUUCCCUUUGAAGCAGAAAAUUCCGAGAUUCAAGGUAUUUACUUUUUAUGAAAAACGAAAAAAUAAUGUCAUAUUUUUCCAGUUUUUCCUGAAACCUGAAUUGAUUGUUUGUGAAUUAACCCGCCAUCAAAUGACUGAAUUGAAAGCAUUGAAUCGAGAAUGGGUUCGAUUUGAAAGAGCAAGACAACAUAGAAAAUGGAGACCACUUUGUUCAAUUGGAGAAGAGUGAGUUAUUCAGAAAAAUUAUUGAAUAAACAGAUAAUAAUUUAGUGCUAAAACAUGGUGGCAUUUUGCAUAUAAUCGAAUAAUGGAUGAUAGUCGAAGAACUAAUUCAAAUCGAACAUGGGAAUUUGCAGCAAAUCGAGCAAAGAUUCUAAAUCAAUAUUGCAGAGCAUAUUAUAGACGAUUAUUAGCAUUAUUAGCAAAUCCAACAGCUGUAAAAGAAACUGUAAUUGAUCCUGCGACAGCUGCAAAAACAUCUACAAAUUCGGAAACAAUUGGUCCAUCACUUGAUGAUAAAACAAUUAUGAAACAAAUCGAACAUGAUUCACAUUAUACUUUUCAUGAACUUCAAAUUUUUCGAGAAACCGUUUUUCGUCGAUUGGUUCGAGAAAAAGAAAAAGAACUGGGUAUUACUGUAACAAAUAUGGUGAAUUCACCAGAUGAUAAUUUUGAGAAUUUGGAACCUCCUCCAAAUGAAGAAGUUAUUACUGAAGAACCAACAGGCAAUACAAAUGUUGACCCGGCUGGAGGUGGAUUAUAUAGUUGGAUUACUGGAUUCUUUGUGCAACCUGCUGAAAAUGAAAAACAUGAUGAUAAAUUUGAUUUUGGAAAUGUUGAUGUUGGAGAAUUAAAAGAGAUUAAUGUGAAGGUAAAUUCAUAGAAAACAAAUUAAUUAAAAAAAACCAAUAUAUAUUUUUUUUUGUAGGAAAUGGAAGAUGAAAUAUUGGAUGUUUUACAUGAAACAUGGGAUGAUUCAACACUUCUUCGAAGAGAUGCAUUGUUAGCACAAAUAGCUCUUCGUUUAGAACAUCUGACACUUCGAUUUGUUGAUAGUUAUACAUUGAAUGGAAUUGAACAACAAAGAGUUCUAGCACUUGAAUUAUCUGGUGUAUCAACAAGAAUGGAAAUAAGUCCAAAACAACAUUCACUUUCUGUUGAUUUAACAGUAAAUGAUAUGAGUAUUCAAAGAUUGAGAAGUGGACAUCAAAGACCGAAAAGUAAAUUGGCUGAAAUUUCAGAAUCAUUACUUUAUUCAACGGCUGAAUCAACUAAAAUGUUAUUAACAAUUGGAAGAGAUGAUGAAGAUGCAAUAUCUACGAAAUUACCAAUGUUUAGUAUGCAUUAUAGUCGAAGAUCACCUCGAUUAAUUGUUCGACAUGUUAUUAAUUGUCGAUUAAGGCCUGUAAAUAUUGUAUAUGAAGAAGGUGCAUUAGAUGGUUUAUCAACAUUAUUUACUGAUGAUCCUGAAAUUUUCAAUGAGGUUAGUUUACAAUUAAAAUAAAAUGAAUUUUGAAAAUGUUUAUUAUUCAGAACAAGAUUAUGGAAUCAGAUGAAGAUUUUAUUGAUGUUCGAGAAGAAAUAUCGAUGAUUGAAUCACAUGUUUAUGUCAAUUUACAAGUUCCAGUUGUUCGUAUGGAAAUAAGAGGAAGAGGUUUUACGAAAAGAGAAAUGAGACCAACAACAAUUUGGGAGCCAGGAGAAUCUAUUGCUUGUUUCAAUGUUGAACGAUUACAAUUUAAUGUUGUAUCAAAAGAACAAUUUUUGACAAAUGUAAGUUUUUCCAAACAAAAAUCGAAAAAAAAACCAUAUCUCAAAACUUAUUUAGGAGGAUCUUGAAAAUUUAGAAUAUUUUUAUUUAAUGUACAAUUUAGAGUUUUUGAAAUAAAGCUUCAAAAAAAAUGUUUAAAUUUGAAAUAUAAUUUUCCAGCUGAAACUUGCAAUUGGACAUGUCGAAAUGCGGGAUACUAUUGAAAACACAACAUAUUCACUUUUAUCAACUUAUUCUCAAACUGGAAUGAAUGUUAGUUUUUUUUGUCAAUUUUUAAAAAAUAUUCUCAUAAUUGUUUUUUUUUCAGAAAACUCUUUCAAAUUCUUGCCCUGAUUUGCAAAAACGAACAACAGUUCCGAAUUCAACAAUUCGUAUUCCAACAAGACCAUCAAAAUCAGAUGAUAUAUUUAUAUCAGCUUCUGUUCCAUCAGAAUCAUUGAUUGAUCCAAUAAGACCUUUGAAUUUAUCAACAAUAACAUCAGUUGCUUCAAUCGAUACAACUUCAAUGACUGGACCAACAUCUCCAACUGGAUUUGGAACAACUUCAACUAUUUCAACAGUUUCGAAUAGUUCAAAAUCAGAAGUUAUUAUCAAAUUGACAUAUGUCGAUAAACAACAUUCACAAUUUGAAAGGAAAUAUAAAAAGGUUGGUUGGUUUUAUUUUGGGCAAAAAUCUUGA